UGACGAGCGUCAUUGACGGCGGUCUGCUCUUGGAACGGGCGUAAAUCGGACCGAGGCUAUAAGAGACCGGUUUCCCAGUCUCGGGCGGCACAAUAAGCCAAGAUCGUUCGAGGGGGCUCCAUCGCCAGCUCCAUUCAAACGUCCGUCGAGUAUCCGCAGCAAGCAAGUUCCGCAGGAGUUCUUCGUCCUAGGAAUCGUCCUUCAAGAUGCGUGAAUGCAUAUCCGUCCACGUAGGACAGGCGGGAGUACAGAUCGGAAAUGCCUGUUGGGAGUUGUAUUGUUUGGAGCACGGUAUCCAGCCUGAUGGGCAAAUGCCAUCAGAUAAGAUACUCGGAGGUGGCGAUGACAGUUUCAAUACCUUCUUCAGCGAGACCGGCGCCGGAAAGCAUGUACCUAGAGCGGUCUUCGUCGAUCUCGAACCUACCGUAGUGGAUGAGGUGCGUACAGGUACAUAUCGGCAACUGUUUCAUCCGGAGCAACUGAUAACAGGCAAAGAGGAUGCAGCCAACAAUUAUGCGCGCGGUCAUUAUACAAUCGGCAAGGAGAUAGUGGAUCUCGUUUUGGAUCGCAUUCGCAAACUGGCGGAUCAAUGCACAGGUCUCCAGGGCUUCCUAAUCUUCCAUUCAUUCGGCGGCGGUACCGGCUCCGGUUUCACGUCUCUGCUGAUGGAACGACUGUCGGUGGACUAUGGAAAGAAAUCGAAACUCGAGUUCGCAAUUUAUCCGGCGCCUCAGGUCUCGACAGCUGUUGUCGAACCGUACAAUUCGAUCCUCACAACGCACACCACCCUCGAGCACUCCGACUGCGCGUUUAUGGUAGAUAACGAGGCCAUAUAUGACAUUUGUAGACGUAAUUUGGACAUCGAACGGCCGACGUACACCAACUUAAAUCGCCUGAUCGGUCAGAUCGUUUCCUCGAUCACGGCCUCGCUGCGCUUCGACGGCGCGCUCAACGUCGAUCUGACGGAAUUCCAAACGAAUCUGGUGCCCUAUCCCAGGAUCCACUUCCCUCUGGUCACCUACGCUCCCGUCAUAUCCGCGGAAAAAGCCUACCACGAACAGCUCUCCGUCGCCGAGAUAACGAACGCCUGCUUCGAGCCCGCGAAUCAGAUGGUCAAGUGCGACCCUCGUCACGGCAAGUACAUGGCCUGCUGCAUGCUCUACAGAGGCGACGUGGUGCCGAAGGAUGUAAACGCGGCGAUCGCGACCAUCAAGACCAAGCGCAGCAUCCAAUUCGUCGAUUGGUGCCCCACGGGGUUCAAGGUCGGCAUCAAUUAUCAGCCGCCCACCGUCGUUCCCGGCGGCGAUCUCGCCAAGGUGCAGCGUGCCGUCUGCAUGCUGUCCAACACUACGGCGAUCGCCGAAGCCUGGGCGCGGCUCGAUCACAAAUUCGAUCUGAUGUACGCGAAGAGAGCCUUCGUGCACUGGUACGUCGGCGAGGGGAUGGAGGAGGGUGAGUUCUCUGAGGCGCGGGAGGAUCUCGCCGCCUUGGAGAAGGACUACGAGGAAGUCGGCAUGGAUUCCACUGAUGGCGAAGGAGAUGCUGCGGAAGAAUAUUAAAGAUUAUCGAUCGCAAGAUUCCUACUCUCCUCGUAUUUCGUACAUUUUUAUUAUGAUGCUUGCCAUUAUUACUCCAAUCACUUACUGCGAAUUUCCUUUCUAAUUUUGUAACACGAUCCGAGAUGAUUUAUCGCGGUAUUAAUCUUCAUCCGUUCCUUCCACUCCAAUCCCAAUCUGAGAUUCUCCUCGUGAGAAAAAAAGCGGACCUUUUCACUUCCUUAUAAUAAUCUCGGUGUUGCUCGAAGAAAUAACCACUGAGAAAUAUAAGCACGUCUAAAAAUACUUUCUCGUGUAUUUUGUUGUAAUAUUAUUUAUAUAUUAUAUCAACCAUUAUACAAUAAUAGAUUGCAUUAAUAUACGUCUUCGAUCAUAC